AUGUUGAAGCCUAUUAAACAUGUGUCGGAACCUGACACUAUCACCGAUAAGCUAUCACUGAAUAUGACAAACAAUAAAACAGACAAUGUUCAUGUCGAAUUCGGAUCCCCAAUUACUCCGCUUCAGACACAACCGAGUGGACUCACCUCUGCCGCAACCACUAUUUCCAACAGUAGUUUCAGUUCUAGCUCCUCUGGAUCGGUAACAGGUCAUUCCGGUCAUACUCUUGUUUCAACAAAAUCCGAUUCCGGCCGGUCAAAUCUCUCCGCCGCGCAAUUGUCUAACUCCACCGCUCCCUCCUCCGCCGGUCAAUCUUCUAAGACAAGCAUUCCCUCCGCCGUUAAAACUUCUAAGUCCACCACUUCCUCCGCCGCGCCGUCGAGGUCGAUCAAUCCCGCCGGCGCUAAAGCCGGGCUGAACCCGAGACCAGGACGUGUCUCUUCAGCGUCGGACUCGGCUCCAAGUACUAAAAGAUCAACCAAAAGCUCAACUCCGCCGCCGCAGCCGGUGAAAAUCCUUCCCGGAGGGAAUCUAUUCCCGUCUGGGAAGGUUCACUUAACGGGGAUGACACAAGGAGUUCAAAAACGCAUGGUUCUUGGACCAGGCUCCAAGUCCUACGGUUACGGUAGCGUCAUGAAAGGAAACAGCUACUCUUCCCAAACGCCUGCAAAGCCAACAACGAUGACGACGUCUGGUUCUUCUUCUUCUUCUUCCUCCGGCGCACUUGUAGUCGCCCGUUGCUCUAGCGGUGGUGGCUCUGAGGUAGAUACGUCAUGGAAGAGAGUGAUGAAUAGUCCGAAUAAUCCAGAGGAAGUAAAGAGACUUGGAAACGAAAUGUUCAAGAAAGGUUGUUUCGGUGAGGCUUUAAAGUUUUAUGACCGAGCGUUAGAGCUCUCACCGAGUAAUGCCACUUACCGUAGUAACCGAGCUGCUGCUUUGUCUGGUUUGGGUCGGAUUGCUGAAGCUGUGGUUGAGUGUGAACAUGCUAUUAGAUUGGAUCCAAAUUUUGCAAGAGCUCAUCACCGUUUAGCCACAUUGCUUCUUAGAUUAGGUCAAGUUGAUAAUGCAGGGAAGCACUUCUUUUCUGUGGAGGAACCAUCAGAUCCCAUGGUGGUGAAAGUUCUUGAAGAAGUUGAUAGACACUUGAACAAAUGUGCAGAUGCAAGGAGACGUGGUGAAUGGAAUAUUGUUUUGACAGAAGUUAGUGCAGCAAUGGAGUCUGGUGCUGAUAUGUCCCCUCAGCUAGCUAUGUGUAAAGUUGAAGCACUAAUGAAGCUCCUAAGGCUUGAUGAGGCUCAAACAUUUCUAGCAUCUGCCCCCAAGAUAGAACUAUCACCAUCCUCUUUCACACAGAUUCGGUUUUUCGAUAUGAUCUCUGAAGCUUACACAUACUUUGUAAAAUCUCAAAUGGAGUUGGCUCUAGGAAGGUUUGAAAACGCGGUUACAUUUAUAGAGAAAGCUUCAGAGAUGGAACCAAGAAACAGUGAAAUUGAAACGUUUAAUAGAAAUGUUAAAAUGAUUGUUAGGGCGCGUGAUCGUGGUAACGAUCUUUAUGGCUCAGAAAGAUACACUGAAGCAAGUGCAGCUUAUGCAGAAGGCCUUAAGUUUGAUCGAUAUAAUGCUACUUUAUUCGGUCAUAGAGCAGAUUGUUUCUUCAAAGUUGGGAUGUGGGAGAGCUCAAUAGAAGAUUGUAGCCAUGCAUUGCUUAUUCUACCGAGUUGCACAAAGGCUCGUCGCCAAAGAGCUGCCUCUUACAGCAAGCUGGAGAGAUGGGCUGAAGCAGUGAGCGACUAUGAAGUCUUGAGAAAGGAACUAUCUUAUGACAGAGAAAUAGCUGAAUCUUUCUUUCAUGCUCAAGUUGCAUUGAAGAAAUCUCGUGGAGAAGUAGUUUUAAACAUGGAGUUUGGAGGUGAAGUUGAGGAGGUUUUUAGCCUUGAAGAGUUAAAAGCUGCAUUGACACGUCCAGGAGUUUCUGUUGUACUUUUUAUGAAAAUCUCUGAUCAACAAUGCAAAGAGAUAUCUAUUUUCAUGGACGCACUAUGUAUUCGUUACCCAUCUCUGCACUUCCUCAAGGUGGAGAUAGAGAAAUGUCCGGGAGUGGGUGCUGCAGAGAAAGUGAGAGUUGUGCCAACGUUCAAGAUUUACAAAGUUGGGAUUCGGAUGAAGGAGAUAGUGUGCCCAAGCAAGGAAGCACUGGAGAUUUCAGUGAGGCACUAUGGACUUUAGCAAACUCAAACAGGAAGAGGAAAAACUUGUCAAUAAUCUUGAGUUAUGGCGGUUAGGUUUAGAGAAUUACUUCUGAUUUGGUUCAUUCAUUGCUCGGUUACUAAAGAUUAAUGUGUACAUAGAGAAAAUUUUGCGUAGGUGAUUAAACCAUAUAAAAUAAAUAGAGAGACAAUUCAUUCAUGUUGUCAAAACAUUUUU